AAAGGGACUGAACAACAGCAAAACAAAACAAAAGCCUAUCUCUACCAUACACAACAAAACACUCUUUCGUUAAUACGGUAUAUGCCCGUGUAAACAUUUCAUGAGAGAAAAAUUACAAGGAUGGUAUGCAGGAGAAGUUGAGAAGAAGAUAAACGCUGGGCAAAACACCAGUGACAUUGCAAUUGAGAUGGGCAUUCCAGUUAUGCGUGAGCUUACCUCACGUUGGUUGAUCGAUUUUUAUCAAUACGUCAAGAAAAAUCCCGCGAUCAUCGACAAUGGAUGGAAAAUAUGCGGCAUCACAGACGCCCUAGCAAAUGGUGUUCCUUCAGAUGACCCAUUCGCACCAAUCUGA